UAAUUUGGUCGUCAGGAAGGGGGUUGAAAAGUCAAAUGAACAGCGGCCUCCUCUCCUCUUCUGGAAUCUGCUUCUUCUUCUUCUUCUUCUUCUUCUUCUUCUGUGUGUCUGUGUGUGUGUGUGUGAGAGAGAGAGGGAGAGAGAGAGAGCUGCCUGCCUGCCUGCUUCCUUCCUUGCAGUUGUAGGGCCCUUCUCCUCCUAUAAAUAUAAUAUAUGCGCGUAUGCUUGCGCGAGCGAGCGAGCGAGCGAUCCAGAGAACGAGAGAGAGAGUUGGAAGAUCGAGGUUCGUUAAUGGCGACCAAAUAUGACGACUAUGACGACGAGUACUUGACCAGGCCGUAUGAAGAUGAUGAUGAUGAGCUUCUUCGUCAGUUGAGGGGAUCAAAUACUACUGCUGCUGUUACUCCAGAGAGAAUCUCCUCCGUAUCCGAGCCAGCAACCGUAUGCCACAGUCCCUCCUCCUCCUCAUCCUCCCUUUCCCCAAGCAGAUCAAAGGGAUUUCUGUAAAACAUGCAAAUUUAGGUGUAGAAGAUCCAGUAGGCGGCGGCGGCGUCGGUGGGGGGAAGAAGAAGAAGAAGAAGCAGCAGCUUGGGAGGAAGUCCCACAGCUUUGCAUACAGAAUUAGGGAACACUUGAGAAUGGGGCCCAAGUUAUCGGAAACGGUGAAAGGGAAGUUGAGUCUGGGGGCGACAAUCCUUCGGAAGGGCGGGAGGGAGAACAUAUUCAGGCACGUGUUCGGGAUGAGGCGGGAGGAGGGGGAGAAGCUGCUCAAGGCCUCUCAGUGCUACCUCUUCACGACAGCCGGCCCCAUCGCCGGCAUCCUCUUCAUCUCCACAUUCAAGAUCGCCUUCUGCAGCGAAAGGUCCAUUCCCCUCCCCUCCCCUUCCGGACCACCCUUCCUCACCACUCGUUACAAGGUUUCAAUUCCAAUAGAGAAGAUUAAAAGAGCCGGCGAAAGCGAGAACGCGAACAAACCGGAAGACAAGUACGUAGAGAUAGUGACAGAGGACGGGUUUGAGUUCUGGUUCAUGGGAUUCGUUCGCUAUGAGAAAGCCAUCACCAAUCUGCACAAGGCCGUCUCCGGCGCCGGGACGGGGUGACAAUAUAUAAUGGCAGUGGGGUAUCUAUCUAUCUAUCUAUCUAUCUAUAUAUUAUUGUAAAAUGAUGAAAUUAGCGUGAGAGUGAUGAUGGAUGAGAAUCCUUUUAAUUUGUAAGUUGUAAUUUUGAUAAAUAUAUUUGCUUAAUAUAUAUAUAUAUUUGAUGAUGA